AUGUAUGAACCACUAUACGGUAUCAGGUAUAAUAUUGUGAAUGCUGUGUCCGAAGAAGUCGACGGAGUUGCAAAAGUGGUUAAGGCUAACAAAGAAGCUGAUGAAGGCAUAGAAGUAAAGAAGGGUGUUCCCGAUUUUUGGCUCAGUGCAAUGAAGACAAAUGAAGUACUAAGAAAGGAGAUCAGAAAACACGAUGAAGGUGCUCUAAAGAAUCUGAAAGGAAUCAGGAAAUUAACCCAAGGUGUCCUGACAAAAACUUAUCAUGUGUUAGACGACGAAGAACUAUUUUUGCAAGAAGUAAUAGGGACUGGGAUUGAAUGGAAUCAUGGAAAGAAUAUGAAACAGAAACAGGUGGCAGUGAAGCGAAAGCGUGGAUCAAAUGAAGGGACGAUACAUGUCCUAUACUGCAAAUGUUUCUUCAAUUCUGAGUAUGAUUACGAGCUUGACAAAGAGGCAGCUGUAAAAAUUCAGAAUAAAAUUGCUCAAGACUAUGAUAUUGGUUCCACCAUCCGUGACAACAUUGUCCCUCAUGCUGUGCCGUGGUUUACUGAAGAAGCUACCAGGUUGAAUAUUAUGAAGACAAUGAAAAAUGAAUGA